GAAAUUUGUCUUCUGCAUUUUCAUUUCGAGUUUGUUGCACGGUUUUUCGUGUUUCUUAUCAUGUUUACAGUUUACACAUUGUUAUCGUUCGAUUCAUUAGUAGUGAAAUUGUAUCGCUACUAAACCAAACUCAGUGCAAAUUCUGUCUAAUGAUCACCAUUCUAGUCUGUUUCAAAAUAUUUUUUGUUUCCAAUUUUCGUAACAAAUAGCUACUGCCAUGGAAACUCUUGCAAUCAAGUUGAUUGAAGGUCUGUUGGAGGAACUGUCGAAGACAAACUCACUUUCGGUUUCCUUAGCUGGACCAAUAAGAGAUUCGGCCACUGUUGCUUUGCCAACCUUCCUUGGUGGCUUAGCUGGUGGUCCUCUUGGAGCUUUCAUUGGAGCUGCCGCAGGCACAGGAAUCCUAGGUUUAUCACACGCUAUGGGAUAUGGCAAUUACAAACCUCUGAUGACAGCUUUAAGAGAGGACUUUACGGUGGAAGAGAGGAACAAUUUGUAUGAAAGACUAUGGGGAAGACUGAGUGGAUUUGUAGUCUGCCCUUUGAAUCAAGCCAUGGCUUAUUCAGCUCUAACUGCAUUGACCAGAACUGUAGAGAAUAAUCCAGAAGUGAUGGAAAAUAUCAGAAAUGAGCUCAAAGAAACCCUCAGCAAAAAGAAUAUGAGUUUGGCCUGAAAAUGACAUAAUCACUAUUUACUGUAGUUUUUAGAUGCCCCUUAUGAUUGAACUGCCCCUAUAAUUUGUGAUAUUGCAAGAGCUAAAAUCAUAUUAAAUAAUGAAUUUUUCGACGCACAAUUUAUGCAACCAACAAUUAUUGUUUGAGAGUUUUGGCCCAUUAUUAAAUACACUUAGUGCAUCACCAA